ACGUCUAUAAAAAUGGGCGAAAAGUUAGCGGUGAAGAGGGGAGCAAGAAACUGGACUGAUCUGGCUACUCACCUCUGCUACCCUAUCUGUUCCAUCGUGACUACUCGACUCAUUAAAAUGUCCUUCCAACCUUUCCUUGCUUGCUACGACUCGGUUGAAGAGAAGAAGAAGAGCAGAACGUUCGACACGGAAAUUACCCUCAAACAUCUUGAGAAUCCUAAGAAGAGGAAGAGAGCUUCGUCCAAGGGGGCCGAUGAAUUGCCAUUUGAAGAUUGUUCCGAUAAAGAGCUCAGCCAAAUUCUUACGGAAUUAACUCGCAAGAUUCAUGCGGAUUGUGAGAAGUAUUUGAAUCCGAAGACGGAAAUUCCUGCUGACAUAAGCGAGAGUUCAGACCCGAUGGUUAUUGAUUCCGAACAUCGUGGAUGGCAGGAACCUGAUUUUACCGCUUGGGGAACUCAAAUCAAUCAUCCCACUUUACAUUCUCCCGAAUAUUCCGAAUGGAUGGUUCCAACACCGCCAUCCGAAUAUAAUCCGGAAUAUAAAUUCUCUCCCACUUUUUCCGAAUACCUAAUUAAGACGAUGCGCGCUGACCAUGAUCAGGGUUUUCCUAAAGGAGUUAAGACCGUCAGCGACUUCUUGACCAACCAUCUAGUUCAGUUGGAAAAGGAUUUGGACCGUGCUUGGCAGACCGCGGAAAUAAUACUCCUCGAAGCUGCCUUAGGCAACACUAUGGAUGAAGUACACGAGAUGGAACUCGAACUUCGUCAUGCACAAGGACUGCUUAUGGAAUGGUUGGGAAAGGCCGAACAAAAAGUCCGCAAGCCUCACGACAACCCCAUCAAUCUGUGGAACUACCGCAUUUAUCAAGAAAGAAUUUAUUUGAAACUCAAGCGCUUUAGUCUUGAAACUCUCGAAGAACUUCAGCUCGGCUUGGAGAAUUACCGCGAUCAUUAUGCGAUUUAUUUUCCGGGAGAAACUUGGGCGAACGAGCGCGAAGAGAAAUGGUGGUCCGACCAUUUGACUAAAUAG